UUGCAAAUACAUUUAGUCAUUUACUUAACAUUGUAUCCCAACAAAGUCGACACAUUUGUGAGAAUUAACCAUGAAGUUACUUAUUGUGUUGUGUUUAACAAUUGCCUCUUCAUAUUCUGAGCCUCUUAGAGCUCGUGGUGGAAAACAAGUUGACUUAGAUGACUAUUUCCAUGUUUGCAAAAGGGAUAAACAAUUCAACACUUGUUUACAAGAAAAUUUACAAGAAGCAUUACCACGAAUGGCAAAAGGAAUUCCAGAAAUAGGUAUCAGUCAAUUAGAUCCAUUCAUCGAACCAGAAAUUACAGUCAAUUUUAAACAAAAUCAAUUCCAAGGACAUGCAACAAUGCGAAAUGUUCGUAUGUAUGGAUUCAGUAACGUUCUAAUUAAAAACGUUGAAUCAGAAUUAACUGACAAUACACUAGCAUUAGACAUAGACUGUUUCUUCCCACGUUUAGAAACAGAAGGAAACUUCAAAGGACAAGGUAGUUUUAACGCAAUCGUUGUAAAUACUAAAGGAUACUACAAUAUGAGUAUGAGUGGAGUAAGUGCUACAUGGAAAAUUCGCGGAGAAAAAGAAGUAAUUAAUGGUGAAGAGUUUAUGAAAAUUAAGUCAUUCACAAUGAGACCAAAAGUAGAGAAAAUGAGAAUAUACGUCAGUGACUUAUUCCCAGGAAAUCCUGAAUUAAAUGAAGCUACAAAUAUGUUCUUAAAUGAAAAUUGGCAACGAAUUUACAAUGAAUUAUUACCAUAUGCUGAAAAAUACUGGAGUGCUGCUAUGUCAAAAAUUGCCAAUGAAGUAUUCUUAAAAGUACCUUAUGAUGAAUUAAUCCCACUUAAUUAAAUAUAUCGAAUCAAUUAUUUUUAAUAUUAAGUAAAUUUCUAUACGUUAAGCACGUGUACUCAAAAAAUUUUGAAUUAUUUUUCAUUUAUUUCAAACCUGUGAUAUAUUAACAAAAAAAAAGUACCCGGGACGUAUGUUAAUUUCAAUUAAGUAAUCUAUUUUCAGUAAAAGUCAUAAUUAAUCAACUUUAUUUUAAGAAUAUUAAACUUAUUUUAAACAUUAAUUUGACAAAAAAAUAUUUCUUGUUCUUUUAAUAUUUAUGUCUUGAAUAUGGUAGACAGAGUUUAAUUGUUUACUUUUAUAUUUUUGUUAAGUGUUAAUAUUUGUAAAAUGUAUUUUAAAAAUAUAUUAUCAUUAAAACAUUGAUAAAACAUUUGUCCUUAAAUUGAGUUACAAGCCAGUAAAAUUAUGUAUUUUUAAUGAAA